AAAAAAACAAAAAAAAACAAACCUAACUAACUAACAAUGACAGACUCUAACGCUGCUGACUUGCUCCACCUAGAUAUGAGGGCUGAGAGACGUAAGAUACAGAAUCGCGUGAAUCAGCGCACUUAUCGCAUGAGGCAAAGUGUGCAGAAGAACGAACCCGCGCGACCUCGGCGGUGGAAAGUCAUCGGCUCGCUAAGCAGUCACGAUGCCGCUCCCAUCCAAGGAGACCGUGGCGCAAUGCAGGCCAGGCGUGCUCUCCAUCCUGCCUCCUCGCAGACGGGAUGCCAUUGUUUGCCGCCUUGCGCCCCCCCACGGCAGUGAACGGGGCCGCCAAUUCGAGCUGGCCGCGUACCGGCAUUAUAUGCAGGGGACUCCCCAAGUCGACCAUCUGCUCACUCUGGUCAAACUGAAUGUCUACCGUGCAUUAACCGCCAACCUGAACGCCCUUGGGAUGACGGACAUCCGGGGCUGGAUGCACCCGGAUGCAACAUCUGCCUUUUCCACCCUGCAGCCGAGCGCAGCCCUCGACCGCGCCCUGCCCAAGCAUCUACAGCCGACCGCCAUCCAGCGCGCGGUGCCACACCACCCCUGGUUGGACUUCUUCCCGCAUCCCCGGAUGCGCGACCGGCUGAUCGUGGCCGGAGAUCAGUACGACGACGAAGAACUGUGCGUGGACAUCAUGGGCUUCUGGAACGCCGGGAAGGAGGACCCGGCGCUGAUCGUCUGGGGCCCGCCGUGGGACAUCGCCAACUGGGAGAUGUCGGACGCCUUCGUCCGGAAAUGGGGGUGGACGGUCAAGGACUGCCCGGAUCUGUUCCGCGCGACCAAUACAUGGAGGGCCCUACGCGGGGAUAAGCGGCUUUGCAGCCGGUGA